UCUACGGGCUGGGAGCGAGGAUUUGCGCUCUGAGGUGGCGGCGGCUGCGGCGGAAAAUGGCUGCUACCGAGGCUGCGGACACUCAGCUGAUGCUCGGAGUCGGGCUGAUCGAAAAGGACACAAAUGGAGAAGUUCUGUGGGUGUGGUGUUACCCUUCCACCACAGCUACUUUAAGGAAUCUGCUGCUGAGAAAAUGCUGCCUUACAGAUGAAAACAAACUGCUCCAUCCCUUCGUCUUUGGUCAGUACAGAAGAACAUGGUUUUAUAUCACGACAGUUGAAGUUCCAGAUUCUUCCAUUUUGAAAAAGGUGACUCAUUUUUCUAUUGUUCUGACCGCCAAAGAUUUUAAUCCAGAGAAAUAUGCCGCCUUCACUAGGAUAUUGUGUAGAAUGUACCUGAAGCAUGGGAGUCCAGUUAAGAUGAUGGAGAGUUACAUCGCGGUUCUCACGAAGGGGAUAUGCCAGAGUGAAGAAAAUGGCUCUUUCCUUAGCAAGGACUUUGAUACCCGAAAGGCAUACCUUGCAGGUUCCAUCAAAGACAUUGUAUCUCAGUUUGGAAUGGAAACUGUUAUCUUACACACAGCACUGAUGCUAAAGAAAAGAAUUGUCGUCUAUCAUCCCAAAAUAGAAGCUGUCCAGGAGUUUACCAGGACUCUGCCUGCCCUGGUAUGGCAUCGACAGGACUGGACCAUACUUCACUCCUACGUGCACCUGGAUGCCGAUGAACUGGAAGCCCUACAGAUGUGCCCAGGUUACAUCGCUGGAUUUGUGGACUUGGAGGUGAGCAAUAGAUCAGACCUGUACGAUGUGUUUGUGAAUCUGGCAGACAGUGAGAUCACCAUUGCCCCGCUCGCAAAAGAGGCCAUGACAAUGGGCAAACUGCAUAAAGAAAUUGGUCAGUUAAUUGUCCAGUCGGCAGAAGAUCCAGAGAAGUCAGACAGCCAAGUAAUACAGGAUAUCUCCCUAAAAACAAAAGAAAUCUUCACCAACCUGGCUCCAUUUUCAGAAGUUUCGGAUGAUGGAGAAAAGCGAGUGCUCAAUUAUGAGGCACUAAAGCAAAGACGAUUUCCACCAGCCACAGAAAACUUCCUCUACCAUCUAGCAGCCGCGGAGCAAAUGCUAAAAAUCUGACGGUGGGACAGAAUGUAUCACUGAUGACUGAUCUAAAGCCCUAGCACCAUGAUUAUCCAUUAACUAUGUAAAAUACUGGAAAUAACCAAGAAAAUGUUAUAUUUUUAAUGUUUUAUUUGAAAGCAUUGUAAUUUGACCUGAAAAAGCACUGAAACACACAUGAAAACACUUCUGAUUUCCUAUCUGAUUAAUUUCAUGCCUACUCUCAAUGUUUACAAAGUGCUGUAACCACCUAUCUAUGUAACUUUAUAAAAGCCCGUCAUCCCGGGGUAAGAGCAGAGCAGCUCUGUCAAGUUCUCCCGCAAAUCGCAGCAAAUUUGAAGGCCUUCAUUGUUGCAAGUUCCAGUUUAUCUCAUUGUGUAGCCACAAACUAACGAUUUAUUUUCAGAAAGCUGCCUGAAAGUUUGCUUUGAAUUCUUCUAGGAAGAACUUUAAUUCCUCAUGAGGAACUCCACUUUCUGAGCCAAACUACUAAGUUCUCUGCAGAACCGUCUAGAAGAUCAUUCAAAAGACCCUGCAGUUGCACUUUCUUGUAAAAGAAAUUUUUUUUUCUUCGCCUUUGAAUAUUUUGCCUAUAUUACAAGGGUUUUGCCUAGAUUUUAUACUUGAGUAGACAACUUUAAUAAUCCAUAUUUAUACUGUUGCAGAGGUGAGCAUUUGGCAAAUUUAAGCCAUGAGUGCUCUUUAAUUAACCUAGUUGCUAGCAAUAUUCUUUUGAAAAAAAGAGGCCAGUCCUUAUGUAGUAGCAUAAGAGAAGCAGCCCAUUUUGAAUAUAAAUGUCUGUCUGACUGAAACAGCAACCUUAUAUAAUUGGUGAGGGAGUGUGAGAAUUAACUUCUUGUAAAGGCCAAAACUAGAGAAUAUCUUCAAACAACGUCAGUAAAAAUAAUUUGGCCACAUAUGAAGGUAUCCAUUCUCGUUUAGUUAGGUACCUUUUUCAUAAUUGGAGACCUAAAAAUUGCAAAAUAAGCAUGGGGGUCGAAAUUAUGUUCUUGUUAUAUGUAUUCAUAUUAAUUAUAACAGGUUAUUUUUUUCACUCAGUACUCUUGUCCUCAGAAAUCUUAACCAGAAAAAUGUUUGCAGAAAAACUUGUCUUCAUUGGAUCUUUCAUGUAUCCUGGGUGAUAGACAUUUGUUAAGGGAAAAAAUUUUUAAACAGCCCCUUCUUGGUUGGUGUCAGGGGAGGAUUUGAAGUGAAAUGAUGUUUACUGGGGCAAACAAUUGAAAAUUAAAUCUGCACUUUAUGAAAAUGAAUAUAACGUCUUUUUACCGUCUUUUUUUCAUAUAUUACUGUAUUCACUCAUGAUCAAAGUUGUUGAAAUGACAAAUUUAUGAUACAGAAAUAAAGUGAAAUAUUUUGAUA